AUGGCCGCCGUCUCAGCCCCAUCCGCGUCCACGCUCUCCAGCCCGUCCCUCCGGACCGCCCUUCCCACCCGCCCGCCCUCCAUCCGUUUCGGGGCGGCACCUCGUCCUCUGACCCUGCGCCUGAGCCAGGGCGCCCGGCCGGCGCGGCGCCUGGCGGCGGCGGCGGGCGGGGGCGCGGCGGGGCCGGACAUGCGGGAGACGCUGGACAAGGUGGUGGGGGCGCACAAGGUGGUGCUGUUCAUGAAGGGGACCAAGGACUUCCCGCAGUGCGGCUUCUCCCACACCGUCGUGCAGAUCCUGCGCUCGCUCGACGUGCCCUUCGAGACGCUCGACGUGCUAUCCAACGACGCGCUGCGACAGGGGCUCAAGGAAUACUCCAGCUGGCCCACCUUCCCGCAGCUCUACAUCGACGGCGAGUUCUUCGGAGGGUGCGACAUCACACUCGAAGCAUACAAGAGCGGGGAACUGCAGGAAACACUGGAGAAAGCAAUGUGCUCCUAGUAAACGAUGGAUCCC